AUGGAUAAGCUCAAGGGCUCUGCGCGUCUUAUGAUUGUUUCAGAUCUCGAUCACACAAUGGUUGAUCAUCAUGACGAAGAGAACCUGUCUUUGCUUAGGUUUGGGGCCCUUUGGGAGUCUGUUUACUGUCAGGAUUCUCUUCUUGUCUUUUCAACAGGAAGAUCACCUACUCUGUAUAAGGAAUUGAGGAAAGAGAAGCCUAUGCUAACUCCAGAUAUCACUAUUUUGUCUGUGGGCUCUGAGAUAACUUAUGGUGAAGCCAUGGUCCCUGAUCAUGGCUGGGAGGAAUAUCUGAACAAUAAGUGGGACAGGAAUAUUGUUCUUGAGGAGACAGCUAAGUUUUCUGAGCUGAAGCUUCAGGUAGAGACAGAACAGCGUCCACAUAAGGUCAGCUUUUUGGUUGACAAGAAGAACGCUCAGGGAGUGAUCAAGUCUCUCUCCGAGAAGUUUGAGAAACGUGGGGUAGAUGCGAAAAUAAUCUACAGUGGUGGCCAGGAUCUUGACAUAUUAGCUCAAGGGGCUGGAAAGGGUCAAGCACUUGCAUAUUUGCUCAAGAAGUUAGGUUCAUGCGGAAAAACACCCAACAAUACUCUUGCUUGUGGUGACUCUGGUAAUGAUGCAGAAUUAUUCAGUAUCCCUGGUGUACAUGGUGUCAUGGUUAGCAAUGCCCAAGAGGAACUACUCCAGUGGCAUGCAGAAAAUGCGAAGGAUAAUCCUAAGAUAAUUCAUGCAACUGAGAGGUGUGCUGCUGGUAUUAUUCAAGCUAUUGGGCACUUCAAGCUAGGACCUAAUGUUUCUCCAAGAGACGUUGAGUUUCCUUACAUCAAGGAGGACCCUUUCAAGCCUACAGCGGCCAUUGUGAAGUUCUAUGUUCUGUAUGAAAAGUGGCGUAGAGCUGAUGUUCCAAAGGCUGAUUCUGUUAUAGAGUACUUCAAAAACACCACAGAUGCAAAUGGAGUUAUUAUUCAUCCGUCUGGGGUCGAACUUUCGAUCCAUUCGUCCAUUGAUGAGCUGGCUUCAUGUUAUGGUGACAAACAAGGGAAAAAGUACCGAUCAUGGAUGGACAGACUUGUUAUCUUGCAGACUGCUCCUGACAGUUGGCUUGUGAGAUUCGACUUGUGGGAGGCAGAAGGUAAUGCGUGGGCGUGCUGUUUUACAACCCUUGCACUGAAUGUAAAGCCUGAAACCCCUGGGGGUUUUGUGGUAACACACAUCCACAAGACAUGGCGUAAAGAAUAUCCCGGGGUUGAGCAGUCAUCCAAACUCUAG